AUGGCGCGAGACAAAGGAAAAGGGAAAGCCAAAAUCCCCACAUAUUCAUCAUCGGACUCAACUGACGCAAGUAUUCCUGCGUCACCUCCUCCACAAAAAGAUGCUCCUCUGGUAAUUGGCAAAUCAAAAGAAACACCCAAGAAAAGAACCAGUGAGCCAGUUCAAGAAAAGGGAACCAAAAAGAAAAAGACUUCAAAAGCUCCAAUUGUACAUAUGGAGAGGGCCAUUCAUGAGCCAAGCAAAGAAGGUAGUGGGAAAGAUAUGAGUGACUCAGAGUCUGAGGCAGAACUAGAGACACCUGCUCCUGCUGCUCCUGCAAAAGGAAAGGGAAAAGCAGCUCAAAAGGAACAAAGAAGCAAACAGAAAGAGGAAACUGUUACUGUUUUGACUGUUUAUUCACUGCACUUACACUGA